AGAAAGCGAUUUACAAUUGAACAAUCACGCAUUUUGGAAGAUGCAUACAAGGAACACGGCCACCCUUCCCGAGACUUUAAAGAAAAGCUAGCCAAGAAGUUUGGCACGUCACCUAGGCGUAUCCAGAUAUGGUUCCAAAAUAGAAGAGCAAAGGAUAAAAGA